AUGGACAAAGAUCCAGAGAUUUUUGCCGUAGAUCGCGUUAUCGGGCGGCGGAUAUCGCUUGCGAGAGAUAUCGAAUACUUGAUAUUCUGGAAGGGAUACGGGCUAGAAGAUGCGACCUGGGAAAAGGAAGAAGCAACAACAGACUGUAGAGAGGCGGUCGAAGAGUUUGAGAGGCGGUGCGAUGCCAGGCGCCAAGAGUUUCUUGAUCUGCCACAGGAGGACCUGCUGGGAUCUACCUAUGUCGACCGGUUCGAAGACGUGGGCAUUGCAAGCAUUGUGGACGAGGCGCUUGAAGCAUUUACAAAUAACAUCUCAGUAUUCUCCGAGGCAGGGGCCGAUACAGAUGUUGACGAAGGCGAUGGCCAGACUACUAAUGGCGGGGCGAUGGCACAAAGUCCGGGAACACCAAAUAAGCGACGAGGCAGGAACUCUGGUAAGGGCUACCGUCGCGUGUUAGCAUCUACCCAUGGAUGGAACAGGGCGGAGCAGCUGGAUGGCGUAGCAUACAAUGCGCUUAAGGCGACCGAAUGCGCAAUCAAAGAGGUCAAUGGUGCACUCAGUGACCCGGCUCUGGGUCGCUACUAUCUUGUGACUUGGAGCGAUGGUCAGGUCACCUGGGAGAAGCCAGCAGCAUUUGACGACUCGCUGGCCGUACUGGAGCGGUAUGAGCUUACUAGAGAGCGGUUGUCUCGCAAAAAGCUGUGCAAACAGCUGCAGCUUAUAGCCGUCGGUCAAGGCCCGCAGGCGGAUCUGCAGCUAGCAGAGACGGCUGAUGGUCAUAUGAAGUCCUGUGCAGAUUCGGCCUUUGAUGGCGAGUAUUCCCUGCCUCAGAGCAGCAUCAAUUCUGGGGACGAGUCAGCCAGCAAGCCAAACAACGAUGAGCAGCCCCUGGCAAACGUACUCGGUAUUGGCGGUCUAAGCGAUCUGCCGCUUGCCACAAUAGCUGCAAUGAGAGCUGCAGACAUAAAGAGUGUAAAGGCUGCCAGGUCCGGCAGAGGAUCAAAGGCGCCUAUUGCUUCAUCGCAGCCGAUAGAUGCCGAUUCAGACAGCACUCUUUCACGUGCCAAGGCCGAGAGCCGUGACAAAGAACCAGCAUUGGAGGCUAGUGAGCCUAUGGAGGUAGAGGAGGUGAUGACCUCGGGCACUAUUAGCUCCAAGAUCCCGCAAAAGGACCCCACCCUACUAGUGGGUAUGCCGGAUUGGUCUGGGGAUAUUUUGAGCAAGUCGAGUAUUAGGAGCGGAAAGCAGAUUAAGCACAUGGUCGGCGUUUUGCGUAGAUCGCCUAACAAUGUGGAUGCACGCAGGAGAUAUCUGGAGCAUAACAUACUCGAUCUGGAUAGCGAUGGCCGAUACCUGGCUUUGCACUUUGAGCAGGCGGCGGUAAUCUUGGAACCACCAAAUGACAAGACGGUUGUCGUCCAGGCCAUCCCAGACCCUUGCUCAGAUCGCCAAGAGUUCAUGUACUGGCUCACGAUCAAGCCAUCGUCAUUUUCGGUGAGCGCUGGACUCUCCGAUUUGGAGGUUGAGCGAGUCGAAUGGCUCCUGACUGCGUGGAAGGCGUCCAAGCCAGUUGUGUUCAAUACGAUCAGAAGAAUCCGCUUCAUGAAUGCUGUGGCAGCUUUCAUUUCGGCAGCUACUGCUACACAGCCAGUUCGUGAGAUGUGCAGUUCCGGUGCUUCCGCAGGCGCUUGUGGCAUGGUUCCCUACCUGAUUAUCACCCCACAUAGUGAUAUCUCUGCCUGGUCUGCUAGUUUUAGGGCAGUCGCACCUAACGUUGUUGUUGGCGAGCUGUACGGCAAUGAGGGUACCGUGGAAAUGCUACUUAAGCAUCUGGUGUUCCGCGGAUACGGAAAAGGGGAGCUGAGCCCAGCGCUUUCAUGCCAUGUUGUUAUCGCAGACUUCGAGGCGAUAAAGAACGACACUGUAGCCAGUCUGUUACGCUCAGCCAAGGUCUUUUGGCAGAGCAUCAUAACAUACGACGCAUUCCUGAAGGGCGAGUCGUUACGUGACUGCUGGGAUCUAGUGGGUCGGCUCCGUUCGCGCCAGUACAUGCUUAUUGGAUCUUCACAACCACCACAGAGCGUUUAUGACUUGUUUUCGCUAGCGCAUUUCCUUGAGCCAAAUCGGUACUCUACUGAAGAGUCGCUUCGGGACCACUUUGACUUGACUGACGAUCCGACAAGGGAGGAUAUUGUGAGGUGUGCAAAGAUGUUUGCGCUCAAGCAGAUGGUCACCAACAGUCGACUCCACCACUACCACCAGUUCCCAUCGGAGGGCAAGCCGGGCGCUCAUGCAGCCAGCGUACUCAUGGAUAUUCUUGUCGAGGCCCUGAAGUCGACUAGCCACCCGCAUCUUAUCAGCAACACCGGAGUCUCGCCCAAUUCAGAUCCUGAGCAUCGCAAUAUCCUGGUUGAGUCUUCAGCCAAACUCGGCCUGCUUGACCUGCUGUUGCCGGGCUUGCUUGAACAGAGGCGGCGCGUAGUGAUAUUUGUGCAGCACCUUCGGACGCUUGAUAUUAUCGGCGAGUACCUGGCUAGUUCCCGUAUCGACCAUUUGCGAAUCGACAGCAGCCUUCGGCAGAGCGCUAGCCAAGAGCGUGCUGAUCUUUUCAACACAAAACAUUCCCCUGCCACAGUUCUCAUCUCGUCGACGAUGCUCGAGUCAUAUGCACCAAAUCCUAUCACCGCUGAUACCGUCGUCUUCUUUGACAGCAGUGUCGAUGCUGGAGUAGACCGUGUGGCGCUGGGGCGUGUGAUGGGUGCUGGCCAGUCCAAAUUCGUAUGGGUGCUUCGGCUGGUAGCAAGGGAUACAGCUGACGAACAUAUGGUUUGCCAUCAGCUGCGUGCAAAGAGCGGGUCUCCGGGCGAUGACGGUUCCGAGUCAGAUCUGCCAGAUUCGUGGAUUCUCUCAACCGAUAAUAUGCCGGUGCAUGUUGCUACUGGACGCCCGAUCGAGUUCCAUGCCAUGAAGCCAAAACCAGAUACUGGCGCAGGGGUGGAAUCACCAGACCUACUGAAAAGCAAAGCGAUCAAACGCAAGGCAAGUGAAGCAGUGGCCAUCUCCAGCAGCGUUGAUGCAGCUGUGUCUGGGACUGACAGACGGUCUAAACAGCUCAAGCUGGCACCUUCGACGACGACUGUCCAGGGGGAUGAUGGCCGCGAUAGUGCGAUGUCAAGUGGACAGGAGGUCGUCGUAUGCCCGCAGAUCCAGCUCCCUGUAUCGGACCCAGAUUUGCCUCUAUCUCAGGAAUUGGUUACUGUCCACCCAGAGGAGCUGCCUCUUAUCAUGGAGCUCUUUGCUGCCAGGCUGACCGAGCUUUACAUUUUGCACACACGUUCUCAGAAGCGUGCACUUUCUGAAGACGAGAGCAGGGCUAUCGAGCAACUGUUUGACGAGAUGUUCGAUAAGGACUUGCGCAAACCGAUGGCAAACACUCCUCGGCUCAGCGACGAGUGUCCUGCGUGUCGUGGACGUCCACACGACGUCACAUUCUGUCCGACAAUUUGCGACCCAGCGUUCAUCCAGGGGAUGAGUAAGCUGCUAUAUACCCGCAACUACGAUAUCCACCCGUACUACGUGAGGCUGCAGCCUUGGUAUUCGAUGCAGUAUACCUGGUACUACUUGAGCAGCGCGGAAGGAGCGGCUGUCAAUGCUCGCAAUGUCAGGCACCACCCUGAGUUCGCUAACGAUACUAUGGAGCUGUCGUCAGAUCUUUGCUUGGAGAGGUAUGCUGCUGUAUGCCAGGAAAUCACAGAGAAUUGUGCGACGAUCGUGGACGAACUAGCAACCAGCGAUGUGGCUACACUGGUGCGCUCGUUGAACAAGCUCAAGGGCAUGCGGACUCAUUUGAUCCAGCUGACCCGUGCCAACGCUACCAAACAGCUGUGCGCAACUGUACUGGUGUUCUGA